AUAGGCACGCUUACAUCAACUGCACCAGUGCUCCGUGUCGUCGUCGUCGUGAGCGUUGUUGUUGCGCUGCGAUUGAUCACCUAUUACACUUCCACGGGUGCUUGCGGCGAUAACCCUUGGUCUCUCUCUCUUUCUUCCCUACCUCGACUCACUAUUUUUUAAGGGCGCACGUCUCGCCAUGCCGACGGUUAGUGUAGGCCGUGAUCGUCUUUUUGCUGCGCUGGAGCAGACUUACACUGAUCAGGAAUUUGACGAGCUUUGCUUUGAGUUCGGUAUUGAGCUUGAUGAUGUGACAACCGAGAAGGAGGUGAUGCGUAAGGAGAAGCAUGUGGAUGAAGAAGCAAGUUCAGAUGAAGAGAUCAUUUACAAGAUCGACGUACCUGCUAAUCGAUAUGAUUUAUUGUGCUUGGAAGGCUUGGCAAAGGCAUUGAGGAUAUUCACUGGGAAAGAUCCUAUUCCGACUUUUCGUCUUUCUGAUAUCCCGAGACGUUCAGUACAGAAGAUGGUUGUGAAACCAGAGACUUCGUCAAUCAGACCCUUCGUUGUAUGUGCGGUGCUGCGGGGCGUUACUUUUGAUGAAGCACGUUACAACAGCUUCAUUGACCUUCAAGACAAGCUUCAUCAGAACCUGUGCAGGAGGAGGACUUUAGUUGCAAUAGGGACUCACGACCUUGAUGUAAUUGAAGGUCCAUUCACUUACGAGGCUCUACCACCAAUUGAUAUUAAAUUCGCUCCUCUCAAGCAGACAAAGGAAUUCAAUGGCGCUGAUUUAAUGGAGUUUUACAAGUCGGACUUGAAAUUGAAGAAGUUCUUGCACAUCAUUGAAAGUUCUCCAGUCUACCCUGUAAUCUACGACAGCAAGAGGAGAGUGCUGUCAUUGCCCCCAAUUAUCAACGGAGCACACUCGGCAAUUUCCCUGAAGACAAAGAAUGUCUUUAUUGAAUGCACAGCUACCGAUUUGACGAAGGCAAAGAUUGUGCUGAACACCAUGGUUACUACGUUCUCACAGUACAGCAGUCCUCAAUUUGAAGUGGAACCUGUGGAGGUGAUCUCAGCAGAUGGAAAGUCCGCACUAUACCCAGAUCUUUCACUUCGUACAUUUGAAGUGGACAUGGCAUACAUCAAUAGAAUUAUCGGAACUUCAUUGGGAGCAAAAGAGGUCGCAAAUUUGCUGAAUAAGAUGCAGCUUCAAACUGAGGUUCAAUCUGACUCAAGAAUUCGAGUGUCUGCUCCACCUACAAGAAGCGAUGUUCUACAUGCUUGUGAUGUUGCCGAGGAUGUUGCAAUAGCAUAUGGAUAUAAUAAUAUUUCAAGGACUGUGCCGAGGUCUCACACGCAAGGGAAACAGCAGCCAUUGAAUCAUUUCACUGACUUGAUAAGAGCCGAGGUGGCAAUGGCAGGGUUUACGGAGGUAGUUACGUGGAUUUUGUGCUCUCGUGAAGAGAACUUUACUAUGGUUAAUCGAAAGGACGACGGGAAUACAGCCGUAAUCAUUGGCAACCCGAGGACUGCAGAUUUUGAGGUAGUACGCUCGAGUUUGCUUCCAGGGAUGUUGAAAACGAUGGGUUCAAACAAAGAUGCACCUAGACCACUUAAGCUGUUCGAGGUAUCUGACAUUGUAAGACUGGAUAGUAAAAAGGACGUGGGUGCAGUGAACAGUAGACAUCUUGCUGCUAUCUACUCCAAUAUGAACUCUGGUUUUGAGGUGAUUCAUGGUCUUAUUGACAGAGUGUUUGAGGUUCUUGGUGUUCGGCCUGCUGAGUUUAAUAAAGGUUCUGGCACCUACAGUGAUGAUGGCUACCAUAUUGUCCCGUCCCAGGAGCCUGAAUAUUUUUCAGGACGGCAAGCCAACAUAAUUUAUGCGGGAUCUUGCGUUGGCUCCUUCGGAAUCGUAAAUCCUGAGGUCAUGCUGCGCUUUGAUAUUACAGAUCCGUGCUCAGCCGUGGAAUUAAAUAUUGAACCAUUUUUGCACUUGUAACGUUCUCGGGUUUCUUCCAACCCACAUUUGCGUAUCACACCCGUCUGUUCAUACUGUGGGGAUGUUGGGAGAUUCUCUCUCCUAUCGUCUUAAUGCAGUGUAAGUGCACCGGCAGAUUCCUGUUGGGGUUUAUGCUCGGACAUCUCGGUUUCUAUAGAUAGACAUUAUCGCUCUAAAUAAUAUGGUUAUUGAAUCAAUAUUUACAUCUAUUGUUUGACACUAAAGCUGUCGUGAUUGAAAUGGUGGGUGUAGUAGUCUGUGUCGGGCCCUGUUUUGUUUAUAUCUCGUAAUAUUGAUGAGAGUAAGUGGUCAAAUAUGUGUUCAGAAAAUCAUGAGUGAUAACAAUUCCAACCAGGCAGCUGGGGUGGCGCCACUCUGUCAGAUCAUCCAUCAUUAGGAUGUGCAGUGCCGUCCAUUGAAAGAACUUGUAAAUUUCCCCGACCAGUUAUUUUUAGCACAAGAUUGCGCUGAUUCUUCACAAACUGUAUGAGGCAUCCCCUCCCAGUGCAUAUGAUUUUAUGCAUUUAUUAACGCCACUAGCAAGCAACAUCAACCGAACUAUUCUUCUUAAAUUUUGAGUACUUUAGUUGUGAAACAACUUGAACUUUUUUUUCCUUCGAAUACAUGUUGAUCUUACAUCUUCCAGGUA